GGGAGGAGAAACCCCUCCCCAAAACCUAAAGAAGAAGGAGGAAAAAGCCCCAAAGGCUCGUAGCCGGGAUUACGUUUCUCACACCUGUCACCGCUGAUGCCCUCUCAAGGUUAGAGCUCCAGCUCUCCGAGGCCAGCUCUUCAACCCAAGCACCACUUGAAAGAAGCUCUAUGAAGGAACAGCAGGCACUGGAAGGAGGACAGGAGCACCCACAGGACCAUGAACACCACCAGCUUGCAAGUUAACCUGCCCAGGAGCUGGGCUGGCUCCAACGGCUCGCUGCAGGAGAAGUCUGAGCAUUCCUUUUUCCUUUUCUAUUACUACAGGAUGGAGGACGAGGCAGUGCUGGACAGGGGGGCUUCCUUCCUCAAACAUGUGUGUGAUGAAGAAGAAGUGGAAGGUCACCACACCAUCUACAUCGGGGUCCACGUGCCGAAGAGCUACAGGAGGAGGCGGCGGCACCGGAGGAGGCCUGGGCACAAAGAGAAGAAGGAAAAGGAGAAAGUCUCUGAGAACUACUCAGACAAAUCAGAUGUGGAAAACGCUGAUGAGACCAGCAGCAGCAUCCUCAAACCCCUCAUCUCCCCUGCCGCCGAGCGCAUCCGCUUCAUCCUGGGCGAGGAGGAUGACAGCCCCGCGCCCCCGCAGCUCUUCACCGAGCUCGACGAGCUCCUGGCCGUCGAUGGGCAAGAGAUGGAGUGGAAGGAGACUGCCAGGUGGAUCAAGUUUGAGGAGAAGGUAGAGCAAGGUGGGGAGCGCUGGAGCAAGCCUCAUGUGGCCACCUUGUCCCUGCACAGCUUGUUUGAGUUGAGGACCUGCAUAGAGAAGGGCUCCAUAAUGCUGGACAUCGAGGCCUCUUCCCUCCCACAGGUGGUGGAGAUGAUUGUGGACAAUCAGAUCGAGACAGGGCUGCUGAAAUCCGAGCUGAAGGACAAGGUGACCUACACCCUGCUGAGGAAGCACAGGCACCAGACCAAGAAGUCCAACCUGCGCUCCCUGGCCGACAUCGGGAAGACCGUCUCCAGUGCAAGUAGGAUGUUUACCAACCCUGAUAAUGCACGCAGCCCCCUGGAGAGCUCUGUGCCCUGCCUGGCCACCCGCACGGCCGACGACGAGAUCCAGGUGCAGCGCAGCCCCAGCGUGGGAUGGCUCAGCAGCCCAGCCAUGGCUCACAGAAACCUCACUUCCACCAGCCUCAACGACAUCUCUGACAAGCCUGAGAAGGAUCAGCUGAAGAACAAAUUCAUGAAGAAGCUGCCUCGAGAUGCUGAGGCCUCCAACGUGCUGGUGGGGGAGGUGGACUUCCUGGAGAGCCCUUUCAUCGCCUUCGUCCGGCUGCAGCAGGCGGUCAUGCUGGGGGCUCUGACCGAGGUCCCUGUGCCCACCAGGUUCCUCUUCAUCCUGCUGGGGCCGAAGGGCAAAGCCAAGUCCUACCACGAGAUCGGCCGAGCCAUCGCCACGCUGAUGUCGGACGAGGUUUUCCAUGACAUCGCCUACAAGGCCAAGGACCGGCAGGACCUGAUCGCUGGCAUCGACGAGUUCCUGGAUGAAGUCAUUGUGCUGCCCCCUGGGGAAUGGGAUCCAGCCAUCAGGAUAGAGCCCCCCAAGUCUCUGCCCUCCUCAGAUAAAAGGAAAAACAUGUACUCUGGUGGGGAGAACCUGCAGAUGAAUGGAGACACUCCUCAUGAUGGAGGCCAUGGAGGUGGAGGCCAUGGGGACUGUGAAGAGCUGCAGAGGACUGGCAGGUUCUGUGGGGGUUUGAUCAAAGACAUCAGGAGGAAGGCUCCGUUCUUCGCCAGCGACUUCCUGGACGCCUUGAACAUCCAAUCCCUCUCAGCCAUCCUCUUCAUCUACCUGGCCACAGUCACCAAUGCCAUCACCUUUGGGGGGCUGCUGGGGGACGCCACAGAAAACAUGCAGGGUGUGCUGGAGAGCUUCCUGGGCACAGCAGUCACUGGUGCCAUCUUCUGCCUUUUUGCUGGCCAGCCACUCACCAUCCUGAGCAGCACAGGACCUGUCCUGGUCUUUGAAAGGCUCCUCUUCAACUUCAGCAAGGACAACGACUUCGACUACCUGGAGUUCCGCCUGUGGAUUGGCCUCUGGUCAGCCUUCCAGUGUCUCAUCCUGGUGGCCACCGAUGCCAGCUUCCUGGUCAAGUACUUCACCCGCUUCACCGAGGAGGGCUUCUCCUCCCUCAUCAGCUUCAUCUUCAUCUACGAUGCUUUCAAGAAGAUGAUCAAGCUGGCAGACCAUUACCCAAUCAACUCCCACUUCAAGGUGGACUACAUCACACACUACUCUUGUGCCUGCGAGCCGUUAGACCCAGUCAAUGGCUCCCUGUUCAACGGGACCACGGUGCCCUCGGCCGCUGAGCUGCCCUACUCCUACUCCUCUGAGCUGUACAACUCCACCAUCGCUUGGUCCUCUCUGACAGCCAAGGAGUGCUUGAAAUACGGAGGGCAGCUGGUGGGCAACAACUGCCACUAUGUCCCUGACAUCACCCUCAUGUCCUUCAUCCUCUUCUUUGGCACUUACACCUGCUCCAUGGCCCUGAAGAAGUUCAAGACCAGUCGCUACUUCCCCACCACUGCCAGGAAGCUGAUCAGUGACUUUGCCAUUAUCUUGUCCAUCCUGAUUUUCUGUGGCAUAGAUGCCCUGGUAGGUGUGGACACCCCAAAACUCAUCGUGCCAAGUGAAUUCAAGCCAACCAGUCCUGAGAGGGGUUGGUUUAUCCCCCCUUUUGGAGGGAACCCGUGGUGGGUGUACCUGGCAGCAGCCAUCCCUGCACUACUGGUGACCAUCCUCAUCUUCAUGGACCAGCAGAUCACAGCUGUCAUUGUCAACAGGAAGGAGCACAAGCUGAAGAAAGGUGCUGGCUACCAUCUGGAUCUGUUCUGGGUGGCCAUUCUGAUGAUUGUGUGCUCCUUCAUGGGCCUGCCCUGGUACGUGGCUGCCACUGUCAUCUCCAUCGCUCACAUUGACAGCCUGAAGAUGGAGACAGAGACCUCAGCCCCUGGAGAGCAGCCCAAGUUUUUGGGAGUCAGGGAGCAGAGAGUCACUGGAAUCAUCGUGUUCAUCCUGACCGGUGUGUCUGUCUUCAUGGCUCCCAUCCUGAAGUUCAUUCCCAUGCCGGUGCUCUACGGCGUCUUCCUCUACAUGGGAGUCGCUUCCCUCAACGGGGUGCAGUUCAUGGACCGUCUGAAGCUGCUCCUGAUGCCUCUGAAGCACCAGCCUGACUUCAUCUACCUGCGCCACGUCCCGCUGCGCAGGGUGCACCUCUUCACCUUCCUGCAGGUGGUGUGCCUGGCCCUCCUCUGGAUCCUCAAGUCCACCGUGGCUGCUAUCAUAUUCCCUGUCAUGAUCCUGGCCCUGGUAGCAGUCAGGAAAGCCAUGGACUACCUCUUCUCCCAGCACGACUUAAGCUUCCUUGACGACGUCAUUCCAGAGAAGGACAAGAAGAAGAAGGAGGAUGAGAAGAAGAAGAAGAAGAAGAAGGGCAGUGUGGACAGUGACAAUGAUGAUGAGAAAAAUCACCAACAUUCCUCGAGCGCCAUACGUCGUGCUGAUGCAAUUCCUUUCCUUCAGCCACUCACCAUGCCAAGCCCUCCACGAACUCCAGUCAAAGUCGUGCCUCAAAUUAGGAUAGAAGUGGAGCCUGCAGACCAUGGAUACUUCUGGAGGAGCAAGGGAACAGAAACCACUUUGUAAUUCGUCUGUCCGACCUGGCCUGGGCUUUCUUUUGCCAUUAGCCAAACACCCACCCGCUCCCCAUGCUGCCCCUCACCCCUCUUCACACCCACCUUCUGACCAAGACUCCUUUAUGCCUCCUCUGUGGCUCCAGAGAGGUAUCCACCACCACCACCACCACCACCACCCCCCUACCCUACCCCAGCGGCAGGAGCCGGCCUCGUGGCAUCGCCCUCUGGGAUCCAGCAGAGCCAAACAGACCUCCAGGGGCGACUGGGUGGAAGCUGCUGGCAGGGAAGUGCUGCUCAGAAGUUGGCUCCUGCAGGGCCAGGCUUGGAGUUGGGGCAGGGAGGAAGAGGGAGGAGGUUGCCCUUGGCUCCCAGAGCAGACAAAGCCCUGCCACCAGACAUCCCUUUAUCCUAUGCAAUGUGUUGGGGGUUGGGGGGGUUGGGGGUUUUUUUUGUUAAGGAGACAACUUAAAUGGACUUAAAUCUGUCAGGUACCUUGAAGAGUGUUAUUAUUAUUAUUAUUAUUAUUAUUAUUUUG